ACUGCUGCGCCUGUGCUGCAGAAUGACUCCCAGCGCCCCGACAAAGCGCAGCUUCGUCUCCCUGCCGCUCCUCAGUGCUCGAUGAAAUGCGUUCAGCCCAUACCUGCCCCAACUUCUUGUGUGCGUUGCCCCCCGGGUGUCCCUGGCCGGUCCCCCACCGUUGAAGAACUUCAAGCCGCAGCUACGACGGUUGUCACCGCGCAUUCACGCGAAGAGGAUGUUGCCGGCUGGAAACUUCCUUCCAACAUUGCCGCAGCUGCUGCUAAACAAAGGAAGGAAAAUGUCUCAGCUUCCACCGCUGAAACUUGUGUUGCGGGCGGCCCAAAGGACCCGCCGGCACCUUGCGACUCCGGACUGCCUUCCGCUGCCGCUGCUGCCGCUUCGUGUUCACACGCCGGAGUUGGUGCUCCUCCUCUUUCCGGCAAUGAACGGUGCCCUACGCCUUCUGGCCGUGUUGCGCAGCCCAACCCCAGCUCUCCGGCCUUUUCCCACUUGAGCGGCGGCGGUGCCGGUGUUGUUGUUGACGGGGUUCCCGGCGCGGCACCAGCGGGGCCAAAUCCAACGUCCCUGCGCCCAGACGCCGGACAUCCGUCGCGUGAAGAGGCGGCGAGCAAAGGGGAUGCGGGCAUGACGGCUGGGCGUGGGAGCAACGCGGAUGCAGUUGAGCCAGGCGGUGUGCCGCACACCGGUGUCCCCAUCAGCAGCGCAGACCGACGCGGUGAAGGCGGGGGCGCACCUGAUGCCGCUGCAGGAACAGUUCCCUCUGCGCAAACGAGCAGCGUGGGCUCUGCUGGGAACAAGGCGACGACAGCGGAGGAGGCGGCUCCCGUCUCUCAGGGGCAAAGCGGUGUGCCGUCGGCGGAUGCAGCCGCUCCCGCUGCCCCCGCGCAAAAGGGGAGCCGCACAGAAGCAACGGACGCAGCGGGCGCUACCGUUCACGGCGGUGCGGCAAAGCAGAGCGCAGAUCGGAGCGGUGCCGCCGCAGACGCCGCGCCCACCGACGAGACGCCAAACGCUGCCGCCAAGGAAAGUGGCGCAGGCCCCCAAACUGCGGCGGAAGAGGACGGCGGCCACGAGGCGCCCAGCAACGCCGCCACGGCACCCACGGCUCCGACGCCUGGGUGGCCAGGCAGCCCGCCAACACGCGACGCUGCACCGCACUUAAGCAACAACUCUACCACCUUCAGGAACACUACAGGGCCGUACAAGAUGAACACGGAGAGCGACGGCGCUGUGCGUGGGUGCUUGCCUCGGCUGCUGCUGCUUGCCCUGCUGGGGAUGUGGGGCACGACGGCUCUAUGCUGA